CUGGGAGGAGUGGCAGCUCCUGGACCCCAAUCAAAGGAAACUGUACCAGGACGUGAUGUUGGAGAACUACAGCCACCUGGUGUCAGUGGGGUAUGGAGUCAGGAAACCAGAUACACUCUCCAAGUUGGAACGAGGGGAAGAACCAUGUACAGUACAGGAUGAGCUUCAUGGUCUGGCCUCUCCAGGACAUCACACCAUUAAACAGCAUGGAGUUGUUACUGGGACCCCUGACAUUUCAUGAUGUGGCUGUGGCCUUCACCUGGGAGGAAUGGCAGCUCCUGGACCCGGAUCAGAAGGAUCUGUACAGGGACGUGAUGUUGGAGAACUACAGCCACCUGGUGUCAGUGGGUUAUGAAGCCAGCAAACCAGACACACUCUCCAGAUUGGAUCACAGAGAAGCACCAUGGACCACGGCGGGUGAAAUCCACUGUCGGAACGGUUCAGAACUCUGGAAACUUGAUGACCAUGUGCUGGAACACUUACAGAAUGAGAGCUUAGAACAAUGGUACAAAUUUAACACAUUUGAAAAUACUGUCCAUCAGAACACAACCCAAUCUCUGUUACCACAGAACCAUAUAUCUGGCUCACAUGGAAAAAGCAUGAAAUCAAAUUUAUCUUUAUUUCACGAGAGUAGAAGUUAUGAAAUCAAGAUGCCCACUGAGAUUUCUGAAGAUGGAAAAUCCUUUCUCCAUGCUAACAGUGAGCAAUUUCAGGCUGAAAUGAAAUUUCACAAAAGCCAAAAACUCAUCAGCACUAAGUCCCAACUCAUCAAACAUCAGAAACCUCAGAAAAGAGAGAGGGCUCACGUAUGCAGUGAAUGUGGGAAAGCCUUCGUGAAGAAAUCUUGGCUCACUGAUCAUCAGAUUAUUCAUACAGGUGAAAAGCCACAUCAAUGUAGUGUGUGUGGGAAAGCCUUUUCCAGAAAGUUCAUGCUUACUGAACACCAGAGAACGCACACAGGAGAGAAACCUUAUAAAUGCUCUGAAUGUGGCAAAGCAUUUCUCAAAAAAUCACGGCUCAGUAUACACCAGAAAACACACACAGGAGAGAAACCCUUCAUAUGCAGUGACUGUGGGAAAGGCUUUAUCCAGAAGGGCAAUCUCAUUGUACAUCGGCGAAUUCACACAGGGGAGAAACCUUAUAUAUGCAGCGAAUGUGGAAAAGGCUUCAUUCAGAAGACAUGCCUCAUAGCACAUCAGCGAUUUCACACAGGAAAGACGCCCUUUGUGUGCAGUGAAUGUGGAAAAUCAUGUUCCCAGAAGUCCGGUCUCAUUAAACAUCAAAGAAUUCACACAGGAGAGAAACCCUUUGAAUGCAGCGACUGUGGGAAAGCCUUCACCACAAAGCAGAAGCUCAUUGUCCAUCAAAGAACUCAUACAGGCGAGAGACCCUAUACUUGCAACGAGUGUGGGAAAGCUUUUGCCUACAUGUCUUGCCUUGUGAAACAUAAAAGAAUACACACAAGAGAAAAACAUGGUGGUUCAGUCAAGAUGGAAAAUUCUCUCACAGAGAGUCCCAGCUCAUCACAGACCAGUGUGGUCCUGCAGGAGAAAAACCGUGUUAAUACGGUGACUAUGCAGGUGCCUUCUGUGGCCCCUCAGACAGCACUAAACAUCGGUGGGCUCCUAGCGAACAGGAAUGUGGUCAUAGUGGGCCACCCUAUGGCCAGAUGUGCACCCUGGAGGAUUUGCACAGGACAGAAACCUUAUGAAUGCAGUGAGUGUGGUCUCACCUUCAGUGAUCAAUUACGUGUUAUUUUAUGUCACAGGAAACCAAUAGGAGACAUUCUAUAUGCAAAAAUUUGGCCGCGAGCCCCGCUCUGCCUUCUGUACGGCACUUAUAUGUCCCAACAUGGCGGCCCCCACGGCGCUACCGCCCGAUGGGCGCGGACAUAUUGCCGCCAAAUACCGGAAAUCGUCGUCGGGAGUUUCUUCAGCCGCCUGUCCUACUCGGCCACCCUAGAGGGAGCAAUACCCGUGCAGAAGUUUAAGCUGUUCGCGGAAAUACCACGUUUGCGCUCUCCUGGUGGGUGUGGGGGCAGCUCAGGAGUAUCAGCAUUUCCAGGGACACACCAGACUGAAGAGAGAUUUCAUAACAGAAAUUUAGAGCUGACCCAGAGCACACAAGACAGAGCCUCCAUGUUGUCACCUCUUCUCAGGGAACAGAAGAAAAUGCUCCAGGCUCAGGACAUCACACCAUUGAAAAGCAUGGAGUUGUUACUGGGACCCCUGACAUUUCAUGAUGUGGCUGUGGACUUCACCUGGGAGGAGUGGCAGCUCCUGGAUCCGGAUCAGAAGGAUCUGUACAGGGACGUGAUGUUGGAGAACUACAGCCACCUGGUGUCAGUGGGUUAUGAAGCUAGCAAACCAGACACACUCUCCAGAUUGGAUCACAGAGAAGCACCAUGGACCACGGCGGGUGAAAUCCAUUGUCGAAGCGGUUCAGAUAUCUGGAAACUUGAUGGCCAUAUGUGGGAGCAUGUACGAGAUGAAAGCAUGGAGAAUAGGCUAGAACAAUGGCACAAAAAUAACGUAUUUGAAAAUUGUGUUCAUUGGAGUAAAACUCAUUUUCCGUUACGGCAAAGUCAUGAUAUGCUUGACUCACUUGAAGAAAGUAUGAAAUCAGAUUUAUCUUUACUUAGCCAGAGUAGAGACUAUGAAGUCAAAAAGCCGGGUGAACUUCCUGGAGAUGGGCAAUCUUCCUUUCAUGUUAAGAGUAAACAAUUUCAGACUGAAACUAAAUUCCUGGAAAGCCAAAAAUUCAUCAACACUAAGUCCCAACUCAUUAAGCAUCAAAAACCUCAAAAAAUAAGGAAACGACAUGUAUGCAGUGAAUGUGGGAAAGCCUUCAUGAAGAAGUGUUUGCUUAGUGAUCACCAGAAUCUUCAUACAGGAGAGAAGCCUCAUCGUUGUAGUCUGUGUGGGAAAGCCUUCUCCAGAAAGGUCACACUGAAUGAACACCGGAGAUCGCAUACAGGAGAGAAACCUCAUGAAUGCACAGAGUGUGGCAAAGCCUUUCUUAAGAAGUCACGGCUCAAUAUACAUUACAAAAUACAUACAGGGGAGAAACCCUUUGCAUGCAGUGACUGUGGGAAACGCUUUAUCCAGAAGGGCAAUCUCAUGGUACAUUUACGGACUCAUACAGGCGAGAAACCUUAUAUAUGCAAAGAAUGUGGAAAAGGCUUCAGCCAAAAGACAUCUCUCACUACACAUCAGAGAUUUCACACAGGAAGGACACCCUUUGUGUGCAGUGAAUGUGGAAAAUCCUGUUCCCAGAAGACUGGUCUCAUUAAACAUGAAAGAAUUCACACAGGAGAAAAACCUUUUGAAUGCAGUGACUGUGGGAAAGCCUUUAUUGGGAAGCCACAGCUCGUUGUACAUCAGAGAAUUCAUACAGGGGAAAGACCAUAUGGUUGUAAUGAAUGUGGGAAAGCCUUCAGAGCAAAGUCAGUCCUCAAUGAACAUCAGAAAAUUCACUCAGUCAAGGUGUUACAUCCUCUUGCGGAGAAUCCCAGCUCAUCCCAGACCAGUGUGGUCCUGCAGGAGAAAAACUUUGCUAAUACGGUGGCUAUGCAGGUGCCUUCUCUGGUCCCUCAGGCAACAUUAAACAUCAGUGGGCUCUUAGCAAACAGGAAUGUAGUUGUAAUGGGUCAGCCUAUGGCCAGAUGUGUGCCCUCGGGAGGAUUUGCCCAGGACAGAAACCUUAUGAAUGCAGUUAGUGUGGUCUCACCUUCAGUGAUCAAUUAUGUCUUAUUUUAUGUCACAGGAAACCAAUAGGAAAAAAGUCAAGAGAUAUUCUAUGUGCAAAUGUUUGAUCAAAACCUGUGUAGCUCAGCUCUGACCAGGUAGUUCAGUUGGUUAGAGUAUCAUCCUAAUACACCAGGGUUGUGGGUUGAAUCCCCAGUCAGGG